GCUCCUCAAAGUGGAGGAAAUUUAGACAGAUAAAUAGCGGUGUUAGGUGUAAAUUUACUACAUGUUGUAAGCACUAUGGCCGCAGAUGAACAGUGGGGUAUCCCAGUAGCCAUUGGCAUUGGUGUGGUUGCUGUAACUGCCAUACUUGCCAAGAUCUUCCUGUUUGGGAACAAGAAGAAAAAGUCACCAGUCACUCUUGAAAAACCAGACCAAAAAUAUCCACUGAAACUUAUAGACAGAGAGGAAGUUAGUCCAGAUACAAGAAGAUUUCGUUUUGCUUUACCCAGCCCUGAACAUAUACUGGGAUUACCAGUUGGUCAACAUAUAUAUUUGACAGUGAGGAUUGAUGGUCAGUUAGUAAUCAGACCAUACACACCAGUGUCCUGUGAUGAUGACAAAGGAUACAUGGAUUUGGUUAUCAAGGUGUACUUCAAAAAUGUGCAUCCCAAGUUUCCCGAAGGAGGUAAAAUGUCUCAAUACUUGGAAAGCAUGGAGAUAGGAGAUUUUAUUGAUGUUAGAGGACCAAGUGGUCUCUUGGUUUAUGAUGGACAAGGAGUUUUCCAGAUAAAAUCUGACAAGAAAGCUGCCCCAGAGACAGUGAUGACUAAGAAGCUUGGAAUGAUAGCUGGAGGUACUGGCAUUACACCCAUGUUACAGCUUGUCAGGGCUAUCUUCAAAGAUAAAAAUGACAACACAGAGAUUUCACUCCUCUUUGCUAACCAGACAGAGAAUGAUAUAUUACUAAGAACUGAGUUAGAAGAAAUUGCUGCUGAACAACCAAAUAGAUUUAAACUGUGGUUUACUUUAGACAGGCCAGAAGAAGGGUGGAAGUAUAGUAAAGGAUUUAUUAGUGCUGAUAUGAUAAAGGACCACCUACCUCCCCCAGAUGAUGAUACUCUUGUUCUGAUGUGUGGACCACCUGCCAUGAUCAAUUUUGCUUGCCUACCAAACCUCGACAAACUUGGGUACACACCAAAGAUGAGAUUUGCCUACUAAGAUAUAAAUAUAAUUUAUUAUUUGUAGUUUCGAUGACAAUAUAUAUUAGGGUAUUAUCAUGCAAAGGUGAUAUUGCAAAGAAAAAAGCUUGAAUCUGUAGAAUUCUGUGGUAUUUAUUUUAGAUUUCGUUGCAAUUAUAACCAAAAAAUGCAUUUUUUCCUGUCUGUGUCAGGCACUAAAUAUAUAAUAAAGCCACAACUAAUAUUAUUAUGUAAUAUAUUAAAGUCUAAGGAAACAAUUCAAAAAAUUGCCACAUAAGUUAUUUAGGAUAUUAUUUGAUGAUGUUACUUGAAGUGUAUCAAAAAUUAAAAAGAAUGUUGAUAUAAACAAAUAGUAAUGUAAUAAAUAAUUCACUUUGCAUUUUGCACUGCAGAUUCUUUGUUUUUCGUUAAGGAUAGCUUUCUCUUGAGGUCAUAACUUCAAUAGACAAAAUGGGGCCUUAUGAUAUGAGUGAGGGAUGUUUACUAGUGUGGAUGCAAAAACAAGGAAACUACUAUACUUGUGUUUAUAGAAACUUGGCUAAUAGAAAAGAGAAACAUGUUAUGGGGAAAUCUUUUUUGAAAAUUUGUAUUUAUUUGUAAAAGGCUGAUGAGUAAAAGUAUGUGAAAAGUGCUUUAUUAUUUAUGAUUGUGGUAAUGCAAAUAUUUGGUGCAAAAACGCAAUAAAAGUAUACAAUGCAUAUAACAUAUACUUGCUUUAGUCAUAUUAAAUAAAAGAAAAGAAUUAAAUACUGAUGGGAAUGAACAACUGUUUUUAAGCUUAUUUAUUUUAUUGUCGGAACAUUUUUGAAUUGUUGAUUUAAACAAUGAUAUUGAAGAUACAAACAACAAGAUUACAGAAAUUGUAUCUUUAUUUGAUAAGCUAUAUUACAAAAUUGAUAUUUUUCAACACUCAAAUGUUCAAAAUAUUAAUAAUGGGUACCUGUUAUGUUUGGUGUAGGCAUUGCAUAAAUAUUAUAUAAAAUUUUUGUUACAAGCUUUUCUAUUAUUUUUAUUAAAAUUCUGUGAAUAUUUUGUACAA